AUGGCGACGGACGUCGCCGAGGAAGUCGGCCUGUCUCCGCAUCCGACCCAAGCGAGGAUAUCCGCAGCGGUUCUUCACGUUUCGACGACCGUCAGUCACGCAGUGAGUACCGUUUUUACUCUUGGAUCGGCCGCGUACGAAGCCACCUUCUUACUACUCUCCAACGCGCACUACCCUGUUAUACUCGGGCUGGACACGUUGAAGAAUCUCCCUUUCUGCGUCACUCUCGACGGCCAGCGAGUUUUUUCCGGAUUCCAACAGAUUAAACCCAUCAAUGAAGCCCCAACAGCGCCGAUAGGCCAGGGCAUUACGUUUGUACAUGGAACGCCCGCAGAGCAACAGCAGAUCGCGGCACUCUUGCGGCGCUACGCACCCAACAUCUUUCAGUGGAGUGGUAAACACGGGCUCUUCCCCCAGCACGUGGCAUCGCUACCCACCAACGGGGACGACCCCGAACCCAGUCGCCGCAUACGGCUUUCGCCAGACAAGCGACCAUCGUUCCAACACAUCAUCGACAAUUACACCCGCGCGGGUAUCAUAGAACCAGCCCAGUCCACCGUCAAUUCCCCGGCCUUCCUGACGCCGAAAGAUGACGAUCCCAACGCCCCCGCAAUCAAACGGUGGCACCUGGUAGAGGACUAUCGGGAAAUCAACAAGGUUCUACUGGCGGACAACUACCCGAUGCCCGCCUUCCCGCAACCAGCAACCACACGCCAGAUGCAGCGAUUCCUGGGCCUCGCUACCUACCUACGGGCCCACGUGCCGACCAACUUCGCGCAAUUGGAAAAAGUCCUACGACUUACAAUUCCAGUCAAACCGGCGACAGCCAUCAUCUGGUCACCAGAGGCGACCGAAGCGUUCGAAGCGCUAAAACAAGCGAUAGCAAACGCCGCUCGGCUGGAACGGUUCGACCCAGCAUGGGAUACCGAAAUCCAUUGCGAUGCGUCCACAUCUGCAAUAGGGGCCAUCCUUGUCCAAAUCGACCCAGAAGGACAACCCCACAUCAUGGAAUACGCGAGUCGGGUACUAACCCCCGCGGAAACUCGCUACUCCAACACGCAGCGAGAGCUGCUCGCAGCAGUAUGGGCGACGACCAAAAAAUUCCGCCACUACGUCGAACAUCGGCACUUCAAGAUUAUCACAGACCACAAGGCCCUCCUAGGGGAACUGUCCGACACACGACUUAUCAGCCUCAAGAUCAAAUUGGAAUCCUUCAAUUACACGCUGGUACACCGACCGGGCAAAACGCUAACAGGGCCAGACGCCCUCAGUCGCAUCAGAUUAAAUACCAUCCAACUUAAGGAAAUCCCGGACGAAUCCGAACGCCAGGACAUAAUCGAUGAAUACCACAUUGAAAUGGGACACCCUAGCUGGAAACGGACGUUCCAUCAACUACGCCAGCGAUACACCUGGCCUGAAAUGCGGACGCAAAUAUUUAAGAGGGUCUCCGAAUGCACAAAAUGCUUCACCUUCAAUCCGGCGACAGCCACAGUGGGAACGCACUUGGAAGCCGUCCCGACCACCGACAAACACGAUCGCCUCGGGGUAGAUUUCUGGGGACCAUUUCCCCCGUCACAAACGGGCAACCGAUACGCCCUCGUGGCCGUCGACUACUACACCAAACGCGCCAUCGCGCAACCAGUGAAACGGGCGACAGCCAACGCACUUUGCAGCUUCCUCGCAGAUGUUUUUGCGCAGCUGGGAUCCUUUGAGAUCAUCCAUUCGGACGGCGCAGCGGUCUUCUCAUCCGCCGCAUUCAAACGGUUCACCAAGGCGAACCAAAUGGAAGUGCACAUCGCACAACCAUACCACCCAGAGGGCAAUGGCGCAUGCGAACGCACAAUCAAGUCCCUAACCGCCAUCCUCGCCAAAACAGCGCCAAACGCGACCUCAUGGGACCAAAACGGCACCAUGGGUAGCCUGAAGUAUGAUUUGGAGCAGCCCGAGUGCCCUGGGCGCUACGCACCAGGGACUCAAUUGCAGCACAGGCUCAACAUCGAACGUAAGUUUCGAAACCCAGACUACUCUUGGCCCGCACGAGGCAGGGCUCCCAGCAAGAUCAUCAACUUCAACUUCGCCAUCAUCCGACUGCGGACAAUCGACGAGGCCUCGGACAUUCUCAUCGGACCAGACAAGAGCUUGUACUUGCGACUCGGAUGCGCACCGCUUCAACGCAAGGAGACUGAAUUCAAGAUCAACAAUCUCAACACAGCACCGAUACGGAGGUACUGUCGNCCCGAGUGCCCUGGGCGCUACGCACCAGGGACUCAAUUGCAGCACAGGCUCAACAUCGAACGUAAGUUUCGAAACCCAGACUACUCUUGGCCCGCACGAGGCAGGGCUCCCAGCAAGAUCAUCAACUUCAACUUCGCCAUCAUCCGACUGCGGACAAUCGACGAGGCCUCGGACAUUCUCAUCGGACCAGACAAGAGCUUGUACUUGCGACUCGGAUGCGCACCGCUUCAACGCAAGGAGACUGAAUUCAAGAUCAACAAUCUCAACACAGCACCGAUACGGAGGUACUUUGACGGAGCGUACAGGUGCACUACAGCAGCUUUGGACGAAAUCCUCGAGAAAUGGCGGCCGAAUUUCCGACUCAGCGUGGUUGUGAAACAGAGCAUGGGGACGGCGGAGAUACUGCAAGAUUGUCCAUCCGGCGGCGGUAUGGUUGUUGGCAGAGGCGCCUUGCCAUUCGAAGACGUGUAUAAAAAGCCGACUCAGCAAGUUGCUUUGCUCGGCAUCGGCGAUGGCGCCGUGCAGAAAAUCUACUCGGGAGAGAUGGAUUUGUACGAGACCAAGAAUUGCACUCGGGUCAUCAUCAACGAGUUCAGCGGUGACCACAUGCCGCUUCUGUACAUUCCGUUCAAGCCUCAGAUCCACAUCGCGGGAUGUUUCAAUGAAAACCAAAUGCACCACAUUUGCGAUUCAAAUUUCCAGGUGCUAGUAGAAAGUCAAAGUGCACAUGCGUUUUUGGUACGACCGGAAGUGGUGCUGAAGCGGGAACAUCGUCUCAUGUUCAACGAUUGGAUGGUCUACACACAACUAUACAUUCUCAGAGGGUUAUGCUUGGGUCUGCACGCGGCUUCCGGUUUGGAAACGCCAGCUGAUCUGUUGCCUGAUGAGGACUUGGUUGAAGGCAAUCAGUCCGACUGGACUUCUCCAAGUUCUGAUCAAUGGUGGGGAACCUUAGAGGAAGCCAUCAGACUUGGACCUUUGUUCCAGAAAUCCGACGAAGCAUGUGCUUGCAAAUUCGGAGCACCCGGAGAGCACAACGACAAUGAUACAAAUUUAUCGAUUAUUGCCAUUGAUGGCAGCGAAUUUGUUCUUUUAAAUGAAAUCCGAGCAUUUAACGAAAUCAGAAAAAGCUCGUUUGACUCGGUAGGCCAGCAGUCGAGAAAAGUAGCUCUCCUCCAAAAGAAACCGCUCUACAUUCGAGACAAUGACCGAUUCAUGGUGGAACACUUGGAAAUCUUCAUGCUUCUUUUGGGCUUCACCGUCGUGUGUUGGACUAAUCAAAUCGUCGACGCUGGCGUGAGUGAAGAAGGCGAUCAAAAGGUUCUCCGCACCUUCGACCACGUUCUCGUUUCGGCCAAUUUAAAAUUUGCCGGAGUGCUGAAACAAUUGGUGGAGCGACUCUUGGAGGGAUCCCCCAAACAAAUCGUCAGCCGAGAAGACUUGAUCUACUUUUUAUAUCAUCCCGCACACGAAGAGCCAUUGUUCGUGACUCUCCAGAGCAUGAGGGACUUGCAAACAUUCGCUAGGCGAUUGAGAAAGACGGACCCAUUCAAUUGUCCUUUCACAGAAUUGGACAUGGCCGCAAUCUAUGAGAUCAUUUGUCAGCUGGAAUUGCUUCUAGGAAUACCUGUUUCGAGAGCCAUGUCUGCUUGGCUCAAGGAUGACAUCAUGCCUUUGCAUUCUGAGUUCCGAGAUGACGCUGUUCAAAUUGCGUCCUUGAACUCGGACGAACCUCCUCCAGUUGACAUCCAAGCAUACAGAGCCGAUACUCAAUUGCGAGUCCGUCUUUACGUGCAACACACUCGAUUGGAGUCACCUUGGGUGAAUCAAGUUUUGUCUUUGCCUGCUGAAUUGGAUCUUCCUGACUAUUCUUCACGUGGAGAUAAGAUUCCAUCGAAAUCAAACGCAGCAGGUGCAGGUGAUGCAGCUAGUGUCGCGACAGCUUCAGCGUCUCUGGGAUUGUCUAAGUUCUUGCCUGGGUUUGACACAGCUGCUGGAUAUGUUCGGGGUCAACAAUUCCCACGAGCCGGCAGAAAGCAAGAAACGUACGAAUGGUGCAUCUCCUCCGACGAAGACCCUAACGCUUUGCCUGGCGAUGGAAAACCAACAGCAAGCGGCGACGUUUCUCCUACCGGUGUCCUGAAACUUCCCGCAGCAGCCAGUGUGGCAGCUGAAAAGGUUCUUUCAACGUUCCCGACGAUUGUUCGCGAAAAUGCUGACAAGGCAAUCACAAACUACUUCCCGCGACCCGCACCCGGCUGGUACGGAAGGGUUCCGGGUGCUGACCCUGUCACGCGGGUAACUGAGUUGGACAGUGUCGUGACGAGGGCGACGCCUCGCGACCCGAUCAACGUCAGUGGUUCAGACAAAUGAGCACCGCCUGAUCCUUUCCGAACAAUUUUUUUAAUGGUCAUUCCGUUUCUGCGAUCUGUGUUACUGUUAUUCUAAAUCCAUUUCCCGUUUUUCUUCUUCCCUCCUCGAAACGAACGACGCCCCAAUUUAUCCAAAUCGAGUUCCAAUUGAAAAGCGAAGCAUGGUUUCUUCAUUGGUUACUAUACGUAAGUUCACCCAUGAUCUAACCCGCGCCAAGCGAAUCCCUUGAACUACGGGGUACUGGAUCGGAACAGGGUACCCGUGGACUAAUCUCAAUAAAACGGGACUCACCAUGCUGAUA